AAGAAGAGCUCUGGGCAAAUCGUUCCGAUUGCGCCAAUUCGCGGUUGACGGACUGAUCUGACAUUCCACCAACCCCCAAUGCAUACAGCGCCAAGGGCCCUCUAACAAUGACUUCUCCGUCCCCACAAGGGCGCAGCUUCACCGUUCGCGGUGUGGCUGCCGGCCUUGGUGUUGGCACUAUUAUAUGCGCUGCCAACAUGUAUUUUGGUCUCCAGACCGGCUGGGUGUCUAUCAUGUCGAUGCCGUCAAGCCUCAUGGGAUUUGCCGUCUUCAAGCUCCUGAAGCCUUACUUGCGAUUCCCGUUCAGUCCGGUUGAGAAUGUGCUGGUCCAGAGCGUGGCCGGCGGCAUGGCAAUUAUGCCUCUUGGGUGUGGCUUUGUCGGAGUUAUUCCGGCGAUGAACUACUUGCUAGGACCUGAUGAGCAAGGGCCAUUGUCAUUGAGUAUGUGGCAGCUCAUCAUAUGGUCUCUAGGUCUUUGCUAUUUCGGAGUUGUCUUUGCAGUGCCCUUGCGCCAUCAAGUCAUAAUCAGAGAACGACUUCGAUUCCCCAGCGGUUUCAGCACCGCAGUGCUCAUUCGCGUGCUCCAUAGUCGAGGACAAAAGUCUUCUCCCCAGGAGCUAGAUGCCGCCACUAAAGGCGGGUUCGCCAGUCUUGCGGCCAAAGACGACGAUCCCGCGUUGGUAGAGGACAUCAGCCCCUCUGCUGAAGAGGAAGAGCCAGAAGCUCCAAAGGACCUGGACUGGGCGUACAACAUGAGACUUUUGCUCCUCAGCUUCCUGGUUUCUGGCAUCUUCACCAUUUGCAACUACUUCCUGCCUAUCUUGCGGGACCUCCCGGUAUUUGGCACCAUUGCGGCCUCUACCUGGCUUUGGACCCUGAAUCCAAGUCUUGCAUAUGUGGGACAAGGCAUCAUCAUGGGGACCGAGACAACGCUCCACAUGACGCUCGGUGCGAUUAUUGGUUGGGGCGUUCUUAGCCCGUUGGCCAAGAUGAAGGGCUGGGCUCCCGGACCGGUGGACGAUUGGGAAAAGGGCAGCAAAGGCUGGAUUGUCUGGGUGUCGUUGGCCAUUAUGCUCGUUGAUGCUGUUGUCAGUCUAGCCUAUAUUGCUCUUCGCCCCGUUUUCACCACGCAUGCUGUUCCAGCUCUAGCAGUACUACAGCGCCGCUUUCGACAGAGCAGGAUUGCCGCCUUGUUUGGAACGCCUCAUCAAUAUUCUCCAAUUCCCAGCCAAGAGCAGCAGGAAGACGAGGAGCAAGAAGAUGAUGACCAAGCUUUUCCCGCCGAGGAGGAGGAUGGUGGGCAGGAUGAUGCCCCGACUGACCAACAAGUCAACAAUCGAAUCGUUUUCUGGGGGCUUCUUGCAUCCAUACUAAUCUGCGUUCUGUCCACACAAAUCGUAUUUGGUCACCUGGUACCUCUUUACGCGAUUGUAAUUGCUGUUCUCAUGGCCCUGGUCUUGAGCAUCAUGGGAGUCAGAGCCCUUGGAGAGACUGAUCUUAAUCCAGUGUCCGGAAUUAGCAAGCUUGCACAGUUAUUUUUUGCUCUGAUUAUUCCACAGUCCAACAAAUCGAGCGUUCUAAUCAAUCUAGUUGCUGGAGCUAUUGGUGCACUGCAAGCCGGUGAUCUGAUGCAAGAUCUCAAGACUGGCCAUCUCCUUGGAGCUGCUCCCAAAGCGCAAUUCUGGGGACAGAUCAUAGGCGCUACAUUUGGCGCUGUGUUCUCUGCUUUUGCCUAUCGUAUUUACACUGCCGUGUACGAGAUCCCCGGCAAACUUUUCCAGGUUCCGACGGCGUACGUCUGGAUCUUCACGGCUAGGCUUGUGACAGGGCAAGGCUUGCCGUACAUGGCCAAGGAGUGGGCAAUUGGCGCUGGAGUUCUCUUCGCCAUGACUACUCUUGCGCGGACCUUGUCUGUUGGGAGACCCUGGCGCUCUUGGAUACCCGGCGGCAUUGCUGUAGCAGUCGGCAUGUACAACGUACCUUCGUUUACAUUGGCUCGAGCCAUUGGGGGUAUUGUUAGCUGGUACUGGCUAAGCGUACGAAAACAAUCAACCACGCCACUUAUUAUCAUUGCAUCGGGCUUUAUCCUGGGAGAAGGGUUCCUGAGCAUUGUGAAUUUAUGGCUACAGGCGCUGAAAGUACCUCACUAUUAG